UUCAACUUUAUUGUCAGGCACUGGGGCAACAAAAUGUAGUUUUACAUCUGACCAGAGAGUGCAAAGAAGCAGUAUACCAUAAAUCUAAAAUCUAAAAUGCAGUGCAGAUAUGGUCAACAGUGUAAAUGAACAAAUAUAUAUAAACAGCAUGUGCAAACAGCAAACUAAACAAACAGCAAACCAAAAGCCAAAGGUGCAAGUGACAUUACCAACAGAUGACUCCAUCCCCUGAGACUGACAGUGGUCGAGGUGGUUGUGGCAAGGCUUAAGUUGCUCAAGAUGUUAGCAUAAGACGCUUCCUCAACGAAAGUUGAUGAAAAUAGAAGUUUCUGAGGUCUAAAGAUGGCCCACGGUUAAGAUGGUGUUGUUAGGGAAUAUUAGGGUAUUUCCCCUGGGAGUCAUGUACUCCUAUAAAAAACGGAAUUGAAUGAAUUCACAUCAUAUUAAAUGUGGCUAAUUUUAUGAGACACAGCUAAAGGGUCAUUUUAAAUUCAGGACAAUGCUCUUACUUUGGUAGGAAAAUACACUUCCUGUGCUAAAUCCCCGCCAACUUGACGGUCAAUGAACGUUUCUACACUGUAUGGCUGGACUACGUCGUAGCCAUAGCAACAGCCCAGAGCAUGGCUGGUGUCAAACAUUUGAGUCUUAAAUGUACUUUUUCCGACUUCACUCCGCAGGAGACUGUUGACUAUGGGAGACGAGGAGAGAUCUAAGGAGGCGGCGCAAGAGGGAGAGGAGAAGGAAAUGAAGACGCUUCUUCACUGCCCUCCAAUCUACCCACUGCCCGAAGAGAUAGAAAAGAUGGAGCGCAGCGAGACGGUGUGUCGGUACUGUGGUGUGAGCUACCUCAUUUUCCACGAGUUCCAUCAGCUCCACGCCCGACUGGCUCAGUUGGAGGAAGAGCUCCAGGGACUGAGGGAGACCACCCAGAGGAUGAAGGCCCAGCGAGAGGCACUGGAGCUGGGCAGGCUGGAGUGGGAGAAGGCGUUUCACCUGGAGGUGCAGCGGCAGACAGAGGAGAAAGAGAAGAGCGCAAGAGAAGCGCUAGAAGAGAGGCACAGAGACACAGAGAGGGCUCUGAGAGAGGAGUCUGAACAAAAGUAUGAGACGGAGAGGCAAAAGAUAAAAGACGAGCAUCAGAAAAUCUGUGACGAUAAAGAGGGGGAAGUGAGAAGAGCGCUGGGAGAGCUCCAAGCAGAGACACUGAGGAAGCAGCGAGAAGAGCUGGAGAGGAGGGCCGAGGAGACGGAGAAAGUUCUGACUGACGCACUUCAAAAGGCCAAUAAGAAGUUAGGCGAGCUGAGAGAAUAUCUCCAACAGCUGGAAGAGAGGCUGGCAAAAGCGGCUCACACAAAGGAGGAGGCAGGGCGGUUACUCGGAGAAGAGAUGCGGCAAGGUGAAAUUCUCAGAGGAGCGUGUGUGCGGCAGCAGCAGGCCCUUCGAGCGACUCUCUCCGUGCUCCGAUCCUCUGGCAGUGAGCUCACAGAUGUACGGGGUUUCCUCAGCCAGCUGACAGGGGUCUGGCAGGCCUUCAGAUCUCAGAUACUGCAGCACAGCACACAGGUGUUCUCAGCGCUGACGCAUUCCGGUGAGGAGUUACAGAACAUGAGGGAAGAUAAGGAGCGCCUAACUCAGCAGCUGAUGGUGCAGAGGAGACAGCAUGAGGAGAAGCUGUCCCAACAGAAAGACUCUGAGAACCAACAGAGGGGGAAACUACUCAGGUUAAAGGAGGAGUUGGAGGAGAAAGACGAGAGGUUGUUGUCAUGCCAACGCAGGUGUGACAUCAUGCAGGAGCAGCUGUCGUCGGACUGCGCAGCUGGAGAGGAAGUGGCACGACUGAGGGAAGACGUGGAGAAGGUCCAGCAGGAAGCGAGAGAGCUGAGGAGAGAAAGGGGGGUAUUGGUAGAGUCCCAUGGCAGAGCACUGACCAAGAUGGAAGACGACUCCAGACAGAAAAUGUCCUCAGAGCUGGCUGCCGCCCUGAAUGGGCAGAAAGCCCAGAAUGCAUUGCAUCUGAGGGAGCAGAUGGAGGAGUUUCGCAGGGAGGUGGAGUUGGAGCUGACAAUUGACAGGGAGAAGAACCGAGCGCUGCUUCUCCAAUACCAGCGGGACAGCGCAGAGCUUCAGGAGAAGCUAGAGGAGAGAGAGCAGGUGCUGCGCGGACUGCAGGACAAGCUGCAGGAGGAGAGGGGAAACCGGGUGGAGGAGAGCAGGAGGAGGAGGAGGAGUGAGGAGGAGGAGACACGUCGGGAACUGCAGCGCUCCCAACAGCAGGAGGCACUGCAGCUGAGCCAAGAGAAGGCUGGACUGCAGCUAGUGACGGAGAGAAAUGCUGAACUUCAAGAUGAGGUGGCGUUGCUCCAGGAGACAGUAAGGAGGGAGUGUGAGGAGAGGGAGGAUCUGACUGCUGCUCUGUCUCGAGCACAAGGGGAGCUUCUUAGCCUGCGAUCCCUAGCAUCCCAUCAGGGCUCCUCCAGGUCUCCUCCAAACCCCAUAAAGAGACAAACACCCCCAGGGAACAAGCAUUUCCAUCUUCAUAGUCAAACCCGGGUAACUCUUGCUCGCUCUUUAAACUCCCCAAACACACUGCGACCCUCCCCUCCCUUGACAGACAAAGAGAGAGGCCAGGGCACAGAUGAAGGACGAGCGAGGAGGGGUUUUGAGUCUCGGAAUGGAGAUGAAAAAAGACGAGAGGGGACACUGCCCAGACUGAGAGCCGGCAGCACAGUGGGCGAGGUCAAACGUAAGGUCAGUUUAGCGACGGAGAGGAAGGAGAGACUGUAGAAAGAAAUCAGGGUGUUACAGUGGUUCAAAAUAAAACACUAUUUCAAUGUUGUUUUAAAAUAGUUUUUUUGUAUCGUAUUUUAAUGUGAACCAUGUGUUUUUAAUAGUAUUUUAUAGUUCCCUAAGAGUCACACAGUUUAGUCAAAUAUUCCAUAAUUGUCUACUCUAAAACUCACACACAUACUUAUGGACACAUUAACACACACUUUAUGCACAAGACACAGUCCUGCUCGACCAGCAGUAAACUCCCCAGACACACACACCCUCUGACAGACAUGCACUUGUUUUCUCACAACCCCAAUCACGCAGUCUCAGUGGCACGCACAGGAUAAACACACACACACACACACACAUGUACACACAGACACAUACAGCCUGUCACAAGGGCAGGGCUGAAGGAGCAUGACAGCGUGUCCCCUGCCACCCGUGGACACAAAGAAAAGGCAGGCCAACACAAAAGAAACUGUAAGGCAAGCACCCCCAGACACACAUGCACACGCAACAAUUACCAGCCCUCACCAAUCAGGCAUUGUGUGUUAUUGACAUCAUUCACUCCGUGCAAGGUCUUUCCACUCCGCCCCCUCUCCAACCCUUCACACCCCCCCCCCCUUCCUCUCCCUCUACAUUUGGGACGAAUUGGCAUGAUGGGAGAAAUGUGUGAAGUGUGUGUGUGUGUGUGUGUGUGGCAUGGAACUCAUUUCCCCAUUUACUGGCACACAUGGAAAGCUUUUAGUUUGACUUCCUCGUGUCUCUGUCUUCCAACCCAUCUGUGAAUGCCGUUCCCACUGAAAGGUGGGCUGAUGAUGGUUUUGUCCUGCCAACGUUUCCUCUGUUUGCCAAAACACACACGUAUGGCUUCAGGUCUCGGUCCGUGGGGACAGGACGUUCUGAAAUAUAAAACAAUGAACAGUCUGUUUCAUACAAAGUACAUGUUCUACCUCCUCUGCUUUUGUCACGAUGGUUAAAAUGUAACUUUUCCUGCUCCACAUGACAAAGUGGUUCAUGGUUUUUUUUUUCGUAAGUUGACUGCCUUGAAUUCGAAAUAUAUAAUAUAUUACUUAAGUUUUUAAAUAAUUUUAUGACCUGGGUGUGCAUACAAUUUUUAAUAAGCUUUCCUCAGAAAACUUCCCCCACAACUAACACUCCCUCGCUGCCCCUUUAUGAAAAACAGCAAUACAUAUUCCGUUUAUGUGACAAUGGCUUUUUCUUUUGUGCGCCGCCGCUGACUCUUUGUUGCCUUCCUGUGGCCUUGUGUGUGUUUACUCAUUGCAUGAGACUUCGCCAUGUGUGUGUGUCUCCAGUGAGUGAUUGUUUCCGUCCUAACACCCCCAUCACUCAGUUUUCUCAAUCAAGUAAACUCACCGAAGGACAUGGAUUAUAGUAAUCAUCACAAUGUGGUGUGUGCGUGUGUUAGUGAGAAUGUUCCUGAACCCAAAUGAUUCUUUCAUUCACAUCGAGCAAUAUAAAGUGAUUAAAACCAUGUAUUAAUUUCGCACAGUAAUGCAUUCAUUCAUUUCGCACAAUAAACAGAAAAAAAAUG